UUGAGCCUGUCCUGAACAAUGGGCAUUUUACCGGAAGGAGCACCACUUUCCUGGCAAGAGACAAAAGCCUUAUCCAAGCAUGUACAAAAACAUGGAGUACAACAAUUUAUAAAUCUAUAUCGUAAAGCUAAAGAUCGUCAUGGUGAUCCCUUUAAAUGGGGCGAUGAAAUGGAAUAUAUCAUUGUUAAAUUUAACCAUGAUAGAAAAGAAGCCAAAGUUUCUCUGAAAGCAGAGAAACUUUUGAAAAUUUUAAUUGAAAGAGAAGAAAACAAUCAAUGCACUGGUUUAUGGCGUCCAGAAUAUGCAGCUUAUCAGUUAGAAAGUUCUCCCCUUAUCCCAUUCCAGGGAUCAUUCGAACAUUUUAAGAAAGUUGAGCCAGAUAUGCGCCGGAGACGAGCGGAGAUUCAAGAGCUAUUGGAUGAAGAUGAAUGUGUUAUGACUCUGGUGACUACUUUACGUUUUGGUUGUAAAGAUUUUACUUAUCCAACAUUUGAAACUAGACCUGAUGAUCCCAAUAGUUAUGCUAAAUCUCUUUAUAUACCUGACGAGGCCAUAUUUGGCGGACAUCGACGUUAUCAUACUUUAUCGCGCAACAUGCAAGCGAGACGUGAAGAAAAGAUGGAAAUCAAAUUGAAAGUGUUCCAAGAUGAGAAUACAAAGUUACCCAUUGAAGGCACUCCUAUUAAGGAACCAGAUGUCGUAAUGCUGGAUACAACUUUUGGCAGUAACUUACAAGUUACGCUGCAGGGAGCUGAUAUGACAGAGACGCGUUAUUUGUACGAUCAAUUAGCGCCUUUGUGCCCCAUGAUACAGGCCAUAACUGCUGCUGCUCCUAUACAUCGGGGUUUUUUAACAGAUUUAGAUAAUAGUUAUUAUUAUAUAGGCGAUGGUUCAGAUGAUCGUACACCAGAAGAAAGAGGUCUUAGACCUCUUAAAAAUGACAAGUGUGUUUUAAAGAAAAAACGUUGGGAUUCCAUAGAUUCUUAUCUCACUUCCGAAGCAGAGAAAUACAAUGACAUUGAACUUUACUACGAUCAGGAAAUAUACGAUCACUUGUAUAAUGAGGGUGUAGAUCAUGUCAUGGCCCAACAUAUCGCCCACAUUUUCAUGCGUGAUCCUUUACUUAUGUUUAGCGGUCAAGUAGAUCAAAACGAUGAAGAAGAAACUGGACAUUUUGAUAAUAUUAACACUUCCACCUGGCAGACUUUGCGCUUUAAACCUGCCAUACCCAAUACAGAUCUCGGUUGUAGAGUAGAAUUUCGUCCUUGUGAUAUUCAAAUCACUGAUUUCGAAAAUGCUGCUGUUUCCUGCUUUGUCAUACUUUUAACAAGGGUCAUACUGCAUUACCGCUUGAAUUUCCUCAUGCCCAUUAGUAAAAUCGAUGAAAAUAUGGUGACGGCUCAAAAGCGUGAUGCCUGCCGUAAAGAGAAAUUUUGGUUCCGUAAAGAUAUAACCAAAUCUAAGAAAAAGAUGAAUGGUGUUGGAAAUGAUGGAACAAAUGGAUUAAGUAAUGGUUAUAUCAAUGGCAAAAGCAAUGACUUCCCUCAAGAUGUUUUAAAAGAAUAUGGUCUUCACAAGAAAUCUGAUUGUAUUGAACAAAAUAUCGUUACAAAUGGUUACACCAACGAUUGCCAGGCUAAUGAAUUAGAAUUCAUGACAAUCGAUGAAAUAUUCAAUGGAAAGUCCCAAAUAUGCCCCGGUUUGAUACCGCUUACCCGCGAUUAUCUUAAAACUCUAGAUUUGGAUAACGAAACACAUUAUCUUUUAGAAAAAUACAUUCGUUUUAUAGAGAAAAGAGCAUCUGGCGAAAUUCUAACAAAUGCUAUGUGGUUAAGGGAACAAGUCCACAAUCAUCCUGAAUACAAAAAUGAUUCAGUCGUUAGUGAAAGAAUAAAUUACGAUAUUCUAAAAACGAUUAAAUAUAUACAAGAUCGAGAAAUUAUGGAAGCAAAAUUAUUAAAAUAAGAAGUUUAUAAUUGUGUAUUGUA